CAUACGAAAUCAAGGAUUCAGCCCACACCGCCGGAUGCAUUGUCCGAUGGAAACAAGCAAUUACGAAGAGCUCGGCGUGAUUGGCACAGGGGCCUACGGUACCGUAUACCGAGCACGGGAUCUCAAAAACUCCGGCACGAUCGUCGCACUGAAGAAGGUCCGUGUAGCGCUCACAGAGGAUGGCGUCCCGAUGUCAACGUUGCGGGAAAUAUUUAUGCUCAAACAGCUCGAUACGUUCGGGCACCCGAAUGUGGUAAAACUCCUGGAUGUGUGUCAAGGACAGCGGUUGGAGCGCGAAGGACAGCUUGUACUGUUUCUGGUGUUUGAACAUCUCGACCACGAUCUGGACGAGUACAUCAAGCGUUUGCCUCCGAAAGGCAUGUCACCCAGCACGAUUCAGCGACUAUCGCGCGAAAUGCUUACCGGUAUCGAUUUUCUGCACUCACACCGCAUCAUCCACCGUGACUUGAAGCCCCAGAAUCUCCUCAUCUCGAGCGAUGGCCACCUAAAGCUGGCCGAUUUUGGGCUCGCGAAAACGUACGACUUUGAGAUGAAGCUGACGACGGUGGUGGUAACGCUGUGGUACCGUGCACCGGAGGUACUGCUGGGCGAAGCGUACAACAGUUCGGUGGAUAUCUGGAGUGCGGGCUGCAUCAUUGCGGAAAUGUUCCAGCGGCAGGCACUAUUUCCCGGUACGGCGGAAGGCAAUCAGUUGGAGAAAAUAUUCGAAUUAACAGGUCGCCCAUCGGAAGCACAGUGGCCGAGAGGGAUCUCGAUAGUGCGGGAAAACUUUCGCUCUACCCAGCGGCGAGAACCGCGUGAAUUUUGUCCCAAAUUGUGCGAUAAUGCGAACGAUCUCUUGAAAAGCAUGCUCGCGUUCAACCGACACGAACGUCCGUCGGCGAGACAGUGUCUAAAUCAUGCCUACUUCACACAGGAACCGAUGCCGACGUAA